CAAAUCAGAGGCCAAAAAUAAGUGGAAUUUUAUUUUUUAAAAGUCAAAACCCAUUAUAAUCUCUCUUAAAUGCCACUUUAAUGAAGAAAGAUUAAAAAGAACGUAGAAUUUCAUUUGAAGAUUACCCCAUUCAGAAAGUGAAUAUGCCCCUCAAUCCAAGUCGACCAUCCUCAUCAGAGUUGGUGGAGCUUCAUGUUUUUUAUGUUCCUGAAGGAUCGUGGAAUUAUAGGUUAAAUACCAUUUCAAUAGAAGUUGUUAACAAGUUCAUUUCAGCUGGAUUUAUAAGAGUAUCUCCUCACCUUACUUUGCAAGCCCUGAGGGAACGUCUUGGUGAGUUCCUUGGGGAAGAUGCUGUUGCAGAAAAAUUUUUAUUUCUGAAGUGCAUUGGCAAUAAUCUAGCUGUGGUGAAGACAAAACAAGAAUCAGAACUGAAACUUAAAUCAUUUGUUCCACCAUAUGCUCUGCAGCCAGAAUUAUAUUUGCUUCCUAUAAUGGAUCAUUUAGGAAAUGUUUAUUCAAUGUCAUCAGCAGUUUCUUUGGAUGGAAGGCAGGUCAUUAAUGGUGUUGCAGAGGCAAAUGGAACAGCCCAGGGGCCAGCUAGUGUAUUUUUGCCAAAGGAUGAAACCGAAACAGAUCCCAGUCUUACAGAAAACACUUUGAAAGAGUUUCAUAACCCAAGUGAGGAUGAAGUAUCCAUUGAAGAGAAUACCACUGCCAAAGAAAGCCUGGCUGGUAAAAAGGAAAAUGGAAAUUCGGAACUUCCCGGGUCAUUGGAAGACUCAAAUAAAGAUCGCUCUAGCAACAAAAAAAGUCAAUUACUUUGGAAAGAUGAAGAUGAUAGAGUUUCUGUCACUGGAAGAGAGAGCAGUCUGAUGGGUAAAAAAGAGUAUAUCACCCUUCCAGAUCUUUUUGAUUACUCUUCAUCUUCUUGUCAUCCUGUUCUUUCGCCAGGAAUAAGUGAUAUCUCUUUGUUACAAAUAGAGAGAGAGGAGAUUAUCGAACAGAUGGAACAGGUAAAGGAAGAAAGGCAGUAUUUGGAAAGAAUUAGAGAAGAACUAAUUAAAGAAGUUGAAAAGCUGUUUGAACAGAAUAAGUUGAAGCGAUGUCAUGCUUCUGAUGGUUGGAAGAAGAAGUACUUUGAAACAAAAAAAGUCACAGCUUCAUUGGAGGAGGUUUUAACAAAACUCCGAGAAGACUUAGAACUUUACUAUAAAAAAUUACUCAUGCAGCUUGAAGCCAGGGAGAUCAAGAUGAAACCCAGAAAUCUGGCAAACAUCUCAGACUCAAAGAAUUACCUUAUAAUUCAGAUCACUGAGGUACAACAUGCAAUUGAACAACUUAAGAGAAAACUGGAUAAUGACAAAAUAAAACUCUUAAUAGAAGUCAAGAUGAGAAAACAAGCAGUCUCAGAAUUACGCACACUGAAAGGUGACCUGACACAGAAGAAAAUAACCACAUCUUUCCCGUCUCAGAUAUGGAGCAUUGGCUGCUGCAAUACAUUCUGACCAGACUUGACUUUGUUCAUCGUAAGACAUGACAAAAAGAAAGUCACAAGCAUCUGCAAUUCCAGUGUAAUUAUAGCACCUUCUGUCUAUGCACCUUGGAGACCAAGCUACAUCAAAGGUCACCUAUGGAAAAACACAUAGUAUCUUAUGUAACAUGACCCAAGCUCUAUAUUAUAACAGAUGUUUCGUUUUGAUGAUAUAUUAUUUUGCCCCAUACUGAGAUAAAAUGACUACUUAAUGCAUGACUGUAUGUACAUGUGACAUGUAUAGAACUAAACAAUUUUUAAAAAUAUAUUUUCUGACUACAGGAAUUGACCCACAUCUAUAUUUGGACAAUGUUUGUACCCAAAGGUAUCUGGACAUAUGCGGUGACCAGAGUUUGUGUAGAAGAGAAAUUUUAGGCUCAGAUAAGAGUUUAAAUAUGGGGCUAGACUAGAAACUAAUUGAAAGAAAUGGGAGUGACAACAGUAUAUUUGGGGGGUGUUCUUAAUUGGAAAGUAAAAUCACACUUAAAAAAGAAACUCAAAUGCAGAAGUUAAAAAAACAUUUUUUUUUGAAGGCUUAAUAAACCGUCUUUGGCAUAAGCUG